AUGGCCGACGCGAUUGUCUCAUGCCUGCAGCCGCUGUGCGACUGCUUGGAUGGCACCGGCCUGCUGGAUGCCGCAGCCGGAGAGGUCGCAUCGUUCCUUCAGCUCAAAUCAAACUGGGGUGAUCUUGGCAAGGCCAGGGAGAGCCUGGGGGCUGUCGAGAUGAUGGUUCGAGGGCGGGUAACCGCGGAGUUAAACAAGCUGAACGUCUGUGAUCCUCUGGUGGAGCUGUGGCUGAGGCGUGUCGAUGAGCUGAAUCUGGAGGCCAUUGAUGAGGAUUACAACCAUUUGAUGGAGUACUCUUGCAUCUGCCAGUGCACAAGGCAUGCUGCUCGGCGUUCAUGGAUUGGCAAGCGCAUCGCCGAGGCGCGGGAUGAGGUGAAUAAACUGGUGGAGGAAGGGAGGCAGUUCAAGAAGUUUGGAUUCAAGCCCGCGCCAGAGAUUGUCGAGCGCUUACCUCAAACCAAGACAUUUGGAUUGGAGAGCAUGCUGGCUCAGAUGCACGAUCUGCUUGAGAAGGCUGACUCAAACAUAAUUGGCGUUUGGGGUCAAGGGGGGAUUGGUAAGACAACACUUCUACAUGCCUUCAACAAUGAUCUAGAGAAGAAGGUCCAUGACUUCCAGGUUGUUAUAUUUAUUGAGGUAUCUAAUUCAGAGACACUUGACAUACUGGAGAUACAGAAGACCAUCUCCGAACGUCUUAAUUUGCCAUGGAACGAAGCAGAGACAAUUAUCAAACGGGCCAGAUUCUUGGUCAAGGCAUUGUCCAGGAAAAGAUUUGUACUGCUUCUUGAUGAUGUAAGAAAGAAGUUUCGGCUGGAAGAUGUUGGUAUCCCAACUCCAGACAGCAAUAGUCAAAGCAAGCUGGUCCUAACUUCACGUUACGAAGAAGUAUGCUACCAGAUGGGUGCACAGAGGAACUUGAUUAAGAUGCAUAUUCUGGAUAGUGAUGCUUCAUGGAACCUGUUCUUGAGCAAGCUAAGCACCGAUGCUAGUGCAGCAGUUGAAUCUCCCAGUCUCACCAAUGUUGUUAGGGAGCGUGCCAUAGCAAUAGUGCAAGGUUGUGGAGGUUUACCACUUGCACUCAAUGUCAUUGGGACUGCUGUGGCAGGGUAUGUAGAACCAAGAGAUUGGACUUCAGCUGCUGAUGCAAUCAAUAAGAAUAUGGACGAGAUUGAAGGCGUGAAUGAAAUGUUUGCUACACUGAAAUACAGCUUCGACAGACUCACACCUACUCAGCAGCAGUGCUUUCUGUAUUGCACUCUUUUCCCAGAGUAUGGAUCUAUUAGUAAAGAGCAACUUGUUGAAUAUUGGUUGGCUGAAGGUUUUCUACUCGAUGAUUCCGAGAAGGGUAAUCAGAUUAUCCGAAGUCUUAUUUCAGCGUGCUUGUUGCAGACCACUAGUACAUUGUCAUCAAAGGUGAAAAUGCACCACAUAAUCAGACAGUUGGGGCUUUGGUUGGUUAAUAGUGCAGAUAGAAGUUUUGUUGUUAAAGCAGGGAUGGCCUUAGAUAAUGCUCCACCAGCAAUAGAGUGGAAAGAAGCUACAAGGGUAUCCAUCAUGUCUAAUAACAUCUCAGAGAUUUCUUUCUCGCCAAAAUGCAAAAACCUCACCACACUUUUGAUCCAGAAUAACCCAAAGUUGAACAAACUAGGUUGGGGCUUUUUCAAAUAUAUGCCAUCGUUGAAAGUGCUGGAUCUAUCGCACACCGCAAUUACUUCCCUUCCAGAAUGUGAUACAUUGGUUGCGUUGCAGCAUCUCAACCUGUCAUACACACAUAUUAUGAGAUUACCUGAGCGCCUAUGGUUAUUGAAAGAAUUGAGGCAUCUGGACCUCAGUGUGACUGUUGCACUGGAAGAUACCUUGAACAACUGCUCAAAGUUACACAAGUUGAGAGUGCUCAAUCUCUUCCGCAGCCAUUAUGGGAUUCGUGAUGUUGAUGACCUGAAUCUGGAUUCGCUGAGGGCCCUACUAUUUCUUGGUAUCACUAUUUAUUCACAAGAUGUCCUUAAGAAAUUGAAUGAGACUCAUCCUUUGGCAAAAUCGACUCAUCGCUUGAACCUGAAAUAUUGUGCAGAAAUGCAAUCAAUCAAAAUCUCUGACUUCAACCAUAUGAGACAUCUUGAGGAGCUGCACGUCGAAUCUUGCUAUGACCUGAAUACACUGAUUUCCGACACUCAGCUUACGACAUAUUGCCUGCAAGCUCUGACCCUUUCUGUCCUCCCCUCGUUAGAAGAUGUCCUUGUAGCACCAAUGCCCCAUAAUUUUCGGUAUGUUCGCAAAUUGUCCAUUUCACAAUGCCCCAAGUUGUUGAACAUCACAUGGGCCCGAAGACUUGAACUGCUUGAGAGGCUUGUCAUAUCCAGUUGUGAUGAGAUGCUGACUAUUGUUGAAGAAGAAGUUAACAGUACUGAAGAGCAAUAUGGAGCACAAACAAUAAAAAUGCAGGAUCAUCCUUAUGAAGAACAAGACGAUCAUGCCAUGGUAGAGUACUCAUCCGGCGAGUGGAAUGACGGUUACCAAAGCGUAAAUAGAGAAUCAACCAAUGGUGCCAUGCUGCAAGCUGACUUCCCAAAGUUGAGAUCAAUUGUACUGACAGAUCUUAGAAAGCUGGGAAGUAUUUGCAAGCCAAGAGAUUUUCCCUGUCUCGAGACUCUUCGAGUGGAGGAUUGUCCCAAUUUGAGAAGCAUCCCACUGGGCACCAGUCACAAAUGUGGUAAGCUGAAGCAAAUUUGUGGUUCAUCUGAUUGGUGGAAGAAACUACAGUGGAAGGAUAAGGAGGCGGCGGCACAUAUGGAGAGCAAGUACUUCAUUCCAAUCUGACAUGAUCCCGUUUGCAAUGGUCAAUCAUGUACACUACACAUUACGAUUAGUUUUUCAGAACCAAUAUUGCAAUAAUUUUCAUGGUAUAUAUAAUUCUUUGAUUCUUUCAUUUAAAUCGAUGUGCAAUCUAUCCCAGUGAUU